CAUUACGGGGUGAAAGGAACCGAACCGAACCAGGGUUCCCCACUUUGUCUUUGCCCCCGGGACUUCUCAAUUCUCACGCACGACCCAGACCCACGGCCACAGUCCCUCUCUCUCUGUGAACCAUCCAGCGGCGGCAACGCUCACCCACCUCACCGGGUCUUCUUCAACAGCUUGGGCUCUCGUUUUCUGCCUAAAUUUAUAAAGGCUGGUUGAGUCAAGUUUGGGAGCUCUAUUUCUCUGCUGUCCAUUAUGAAUUACCUGCUUGGAGCUUUUAAGCCAUCUUGCAAUAUAUCAAUCACAUUUUCUGAUGGGAAAACACGCAAGCAGGUUCCGUUAAAGAAGGAAAAUGGUCAGACGGUUUUGGUUCCCCUUUUCCAGAGUCAAGAAAAUAUUACUGGGAAGAUAACUAUAGAUCCUCUGCAAGGAAAGAAGGUCGACCACAAUGGUGUUAAAAUUGAGCUUCUCGGUCAAAUUGAGAUGUACUUUGAUAGAGGCAAUUUUUAUGACUUUACUUCUCUUGUUCGCGAAUUGGAUGUUCCGGGAGAAAUAUACGAAAAGAAAACGUACCCAUUUGAAUUUUCUACAGUUGAAAUGCCAUAUGAGACAUAUAAUGGGGUAAAUGUGAGGCUGAGGUAUGUCCUCAAAAUUACCAUCAGUCGUGGUUAUGCUGGUAGCAUAGUGGAAUAUCAGGACUUUGUGCACGAUCUCCUGGGAGUUAUUCAAUAUGGUUUUCAAAAAGAAAAGAAAGAAAAGACCGCUUGGAGCAACUUGGAGAAGUUGGAUUUUGAGGUUCGCAACUAUUCGCCACUUCCAUCAAUCAACAAUGGUAUCAAGAUGGAAGUUGGAAUUGAAGACUGCCUGCAUAUCGAGUUUGAGUAUAACAAAAGCAAAUACCAUCUCAAAGAUGUCAUCAUUGGCAAGAUUUAUUUCCUACUGGUGAGAAUCAAGAUAAAAAAUAUGGAUUUGGAGAUUCGGCGUCGAGAAUCAACCGGAUCUGGAGCUAACACUCACGUUGAGACAGAGACGCUAGCUAAGUAUGAGCUAAUGGAUGGAGCUCCAGUUAGAGGCGAAUCCAUUCCAGUCAGACUGUUUCUUAGCCCAUACGAGCUGACGUCAACACAUCGUAACAUCAACAACAAAUUCAGUGUGAAGUACUACUUGAAUCUUGUUCUUGUUGACGAAGAGGACAGACGCUAUUUCAAGCAGCAAGAAAUCACCAUAUAUAGGCUUCAAGAGACUACCUGAUUACUUCAUCUCCAAACACUGUUACAUAAAAUCAGUUUUUGGAAAGGAGAAUGAUCAACAACUAAUGGGAGUGCUCUGUAAAACUUUUGUAUUCUGGAAAAGAUCUCUUAUUUCUUCUUGUGCAAGCAAAAUGUUUUGACUGUGGUUGCUUUGGAAUGGAAUCUUGGUGAGAGCAUUUCUUUUGAUUGGUGGUAAGUCUGAUGUGUUUGAUUGUAUGAAACAUGGUUACCAAAUUGUUGCACAUUUCGUUACGAGCAACGGGAGCUGGUUUUCGGUGUGCUUUAGUUAUUGUAGAUCGUAUUUUCUUGUUGUCGGUA